AUGUAUGCCAACGUUAUCUCUAGAAAUUUACAUUGCGACAAUUUUAAGAGAAUAUCUGUUCAAUCGCUCCUGAACAGAGAGGAGUCAAUGACAAACCUAGUGGGGAAUCCAAUGAAUUUGGAAUCAACUAAUAGGAAUUUACGGCCUACCAUUUUAAAGACCGACCCAUAUAGAAGGAGAGAAAAGGUAGCAAUCACGAAAACAUGCAACCAAUGCAAAGAAACAAAGACCUCUUCUCAAUGGAGGGAGGGCCCAACUGGUGGGUCAUGCCUAUGUAAUGCAUGUGGACUUUUCUAUAGAAAACUAUUCCUGGCCUUUGGGAAACAGUCUGCUAAGCGGUACUUGGAAGAAAUUAAAAACACUGGAGCAAAGAGACGAAUCCCAAGGGCACUUUAUGGGGUACAAAGGAGCUCAUAG